AUGUCUCUUCAUCAAGCUUUAAAUGAUGCUGAUUUCCAAAGUCGGCUUACAUUUUGUAAUUGGAUAAGAGAACAAUCACGUACUUUCCACCAAAAUAUUUUAUUUUCUGACGAAUCUACAUUCAAAAACGAUGGUAAUGUCAAUACGUGGAACUGUCGUUAUUGGUCGCACAAUAAUCCUCACUGGUUAAGAGAAAUUGAUCACCAGCAUAUUUGGAAAGUAAAUGUUUGGUGCGGCAUUAUUGGAAAUGAAGUCGUAGGUCCUGUUUUCUUUCAUGAAAAUUUAAACGGCGCCAAAUAUGCAGCUUUGAUAGAGACACAACUUCCUGAGUUACUAGAAAAUCUACCUCUACAAUUGCGCCAGGAUAUGUGGUUCCAACAAGAUGGAUGCCCGUCACAUACAUCCAGAGUUGCUCGUGCAGUGAUAAAUAAUAUGUUUCCCAAUAAGUGGAUAGGGAAAUAUGGUUCAAUCGAUUUUCCACCUCGAUCACCGGACCUCACUGUCCUGGAUUAUUAUUUAUGGGGAAGGGUUAAAGACAUAGUAUACCGUGAUCGCCCAACUACAAGGAAUGACAUGAUUAACAGGAUAACAGAAGCAAUUCAAUCUUUAAAGUAG